GAAACGCCGCACACUCGGCGCAUGCGCAGUUCACCGCUUGACCCGGGGAGAAUCAGCGCCGCCAUUUUGGUUCUGAAGGGGGGCCUGCUGUCACCACGUGAAGGCGAGAAUCCCCAGACAGCGAAGUUCGGGGGCUUUUACGAUACGGCAGACAAUCCGGCCACAGGAUCGAGGUUUCCGAUUUAUGAUCAGAGCAAAGUCACGGUGAUCAGUACUCGAGAAGAAGACGAAGCAUGCCCUCGGUAAUUCUGCCGCCGAAGGAGAACGCUCUCUUUAAGAGGAUAUUGAGAUGCUAUGAACACAAGCAGUACAGAAAUGGGCUCAAGUUUUGCAAACAGAUCCUGUCCAACCAGAAGUUCGCCGAACAUGGAGAGACCCUUGCAAUGAAAGGACUGACUCUGAACUGCUUGGGCCGAAAGGAAGAAGCGUAUGACCUGGUGCGACGUGGCUUACGAAACGAUCUGAAGAGUCAUGUCUGUUGGCACGUUUAUGGUUUACUUCAGCGCUCAGAUAAGAAGUAUGACGAGGCCAUCAAGUGCUACAGGAAUGCUCUUAAAUGGGACAAAGACAAUCUGCAAAUCCUCAGAGAUCUCUCACUGCUGCAGAUCCAAAUGAGAGACCUGGAAGGUUACAGGGAGACCAGGUACCAGUUACUGCAGUUGCGACCGGCUCAAAGAGCCUCCUGGAUCGGUUAUGCCAUCGCAUAUCACCUUCUGGAAGAUUAUGAGAUGGCAGCUAAGAUCGUGGAGGAGUUCCGCAAAACGCAACAGACGUCUCCAGAUAAAGUGGAUUACGAGUACAGUGAGCUGUUGCUUUAUCAGAAUCAGCUGCUGAGGGAGGCCGGGCUAAACAAAGAAGCCCUCGAUCACCUGACCAGCUAUGAAAAACAGAUAUGUGACAAACUGGCUGUAGAGGAGACACGAGGAGAGCUGCUUCUCAGGUUAGAUCGGGCUGGUGAAGCUACGGAGGUCUACCACCGACUGCUGGAGAGAAACCCUGAGAACUGGAGCUACUAUCAAGGGCUAGAGAAAGCGCUCAAACCAAAGAGUGUUGAGGAGAAGCAGAAAAUCUAUGAAGAUGCCUGGGUUAAGUAUCCUAAAGGUCUGGUGCCCAGACGACUUCCUCUCAACUUCCUCACAGGUGAGAAGUUUAGAGAGUGUUUGGAUCGCUACCUGAGGAUGAACUUCAGCAAAGGAUGCCCACCUGUCUUUACCACACUGAAAUCACUCUACCAUCAAAAAGACAAGGUAGCAAUUAUUGAGGAAUUAGUUGUGGGCUAUGAAAAAAGUUUGAGAACUUGUAAAAUGUUCAACCAAAAGGAUGAUGGGAAAACGGAGCCACCCACUACUUUACUGUGGGUUCAGUAUUUCCUGGCCCAGCAUUUCAACCAUAUCGGCAAACAGACGCUUGCCCUCGAAUACAUCAACGCAGCCAUCGAAAGCACCCCCACCCUCAUAGAGCUCUUCGUCAUCAAGGCGAAGAUAUAUAAGCAUGCGGGUAACAUCCGUGAAGCUGCUCGCUGGAUGGAUGAGGCCCAGGCUCUGGACACUGCUGACCGCUUCAUCAACUCCAAGUGUGCCAAGUAUUUGCUCAAGGCUGGACUUAUCAAAGAGGCUGAAGAGAUGUGUUCCAAGUUCACACGGGAAGGAGCCUCUGCUGUAGAGAAUCUGAAUGAGAUGCAGUGCAUGUGGUUCCAGACGGAGUGUGCUCUGGCCUACAAGUCCUUGAACAAAUAUGGAGAGGCCCUGAAGAAGUGCCAUGAAAUUGAGAGGCAUUUUGUGGAGAUAACAGAUGACCAGUUCGACUUCCACACAUAUUGUAUGAGGAAGAUGACGUUGCGUUCUUACGUCGAUUUGCUCAAUCUAGAGGACGUGUUGCGUAUGCACCCUUUCUACUUCAAGGCAGCACGUACAGCCAUCGAGAUCUACCUCAGCCUUCAUGAUAACCCGCUCUCCGAUGACAGCAAGGAGUCGCAAGCGGACAAUGCCAACCUAACGGACAAGGAGCUGAAGAAAUUGCGCAACAAACAGAGACGUGCCCAAAAGAAAGCCCAGUUAGAGGAGGAAAAGAAGAAUGCUGAAAAAGAAAAACAGCUAAAGAACCAAAAGAAGAAAAAGGAAGAGGACGAGGAGGAGAUUGGAGGACCUAAAGAGGAGCUCAUACCAGAAAAGCUGGCGAAGGUUGAGAAUCCUCUAGAAGAAGCGGUUAAGUUCCUGACUCCCCUCAAGAACUUAGUAAAGAAUAAGAUAGACACGCAUCUGCUGGCCUUUGAGAUCUACCUCAGGAAAGAGAAGUAUCUAUUGAUGCUGCAGUCGGUGAAGAGAGCUUACUCACUGGACCCCGAUCACCCCUGGCUCCACCAGUGUUUGGUGCGAUUCUUCAAAGGAGUGUCGGACAGCAAGGACAUGCCGGAGGCAAUGCAGACGGUUCUGAAGCAGGAGAUCACAAAACUGUUUGGCGAGAGCGACCCCAAGUCUUUCAACAAGAACUUCCUGAGCAAACAUGCAAACUCAAUACCACACAGAGUUGCAGCUGCUAAGAUGAUGGUCUUUCUGGACCCCUCUUCUGAGGGGAUGGCUGCCGAGCUGGCUACCUCCUUGGACGAGUCCCUAACAGGCGGAACCAUUCAGACGUGUACCGAGGUGCUCCAGGCAUUGAGGGACGGCAGUCUGGGCUCGCAGCAGGAGAAAAAUCUCGAAUCGUACUGUGCAUCUUGCCACGAUAUCUAUCCCUACGCUUUAGCCUUCAUGCCCCCCAGUUACCAGGACAACUCUGCAGUGACCACCAAUGGAGACCUGUCCCCCUGUGACCACGAGGACAUGCCCAAUGAGAUGUGAGCAUUUCAGGCAGGGAGCAGGGUGGCCGUUUUAUGGCCGUCAGCAUUUUGAGACCAGACGCCCCACUGAGGUUGAAACUCUACUGCACUAACGACACCAUGGUUACCUUUCGCCUUGGAAGUGAGCGAGCAAUAGGGGAAAAACCCAUUUUACAAAACUUUUUUUUUCUCCUUUCUAUCUUGUUUUGCUUUUCUUUUUUUUUCUUUUUCUUUU